UAGAAAAAAUGUACUCUUAUUUAUGUAUAGAAAAAAAAUAUAUAGAAUGUAAAACUAAAAUCCAAUAUAAAACCCAUAUGUGAGAUAUUAAUUUCAGAAAAAAAGAAAGAAUAAUUCUUUACAUUCUAUGAGGAAGGAAAAUGAAACUAUUUAAAUUCACAUUAAAAAAUUGAAAAGGAGAAAUAUGCAUAUGUUAAAUUUCAACUGUUUUUGUUUAAAAUGGCCACAACCAUAGUUCAAUUUAUAUUUUCAUUAAAAAAUUUUCCGUAGUAAUCAUGUAUUUUCGUCAACUAUAUUAGAAUCUUUCCAAUCUUUCUUCCUUCAUAAAAAUUCAUAUCUUAACAGAUUUUAAAUAAAUAUUAUAUAUAAACAAAUUUGAAAGAAUAUAUAAAAUGCCUAUUCAGAAGGUUAAAGCACGUCAAAUUUUUAACUCUAGAGGUGAUCCAACUUUAGAAGUAGAUGUAAUUACAGACGUUGGAUUAUUAAGAUCUUCGGUGCCAUCUGUACUAGUACCAAAUCCUAAUCAAGCACAAGAAUUAAGAGAUGGAAACGAAGCCAUGUAUCAUGGACGUUCAGUAUUCAGAGCCGUUGAUGUGGUCAAUAACAUAAUCGCACCGCAACUUUUGAAAUCGAAAUUGGAAGCUUGUCAACAAACAGAAAUAGACAGUUUAUUAAAUCGUUUAGAUGGUACUGAGAAUAAAUCAAAAUUAGGCGCGAAUGCAAUUCUUGGUGUCUCUAUAGCUUGUUGUAAAGCUGGUGCUGCGAAAAAAGGACUUCCAGUUUAUAGAUAUAUUGCAGAAUUGGCUGAAAAUGGAGAUCUUUAUGUACCCGUUCCUAGUUUUAAUAUGAUUAGUGGAGGUAGACAUGCUAAUAAUACAUUACCAUGUCAAGAAUUUAUGAUUAUACCUAUAGGAGCUGAAAGUUUUGCUGAUGCUAUGAAAAUGGGUAUGGAAGUGUAUAGAGUACUCGAACAAAAGAUUGCGACUGCUCAAGAAAUUCAAUUACCUCUUCCAGUUAGCGAUGAAGGUGCAUUUACACCUCUAGAAAUUGAGGAAGAUAGAGAAGCUUUAUUAUUGUUAGAUGAAUCUAUUAAAGAUGCAGGUUACGAGGGAAGAAUUAAAAUUUCGUUGGAUAUGGCAGCCAGUGCUUUUUAUAAAGAAGGAGGAUACGAUUUAGCAUUUAAAACAGAAGAAUCUGAUCCUGACGAAUAUAUGGAGGCAGAAGCAUUAAAAGAUCAUUACUUAGAGUAUUUUACAGAAUUUCCAUCUGUAGUCUCAAUUGAAGAUCCAUUCGAUCAAGAAGACUGGGAAGGUUGGCUUACUUUAGCUGAUCAAGAUAUGCAAAUCGUUGCUGAUGAUUUAACUGCAAUGAAUAUCGACAGAAUUGAAGAAGCAAUUGAAAGACAAAUGGCCAAUUCUCUUAUAUUGAGAUUAUCACAAAUUGGAACUGUGACUGAGACAAUCAAUUGCGCAAAAAUAGCCAGGAUCAGUAAUUGGGGAUAUAUUGUAACAGCUUGUGAAGGAGAAACAGAAGAUAAUUUUGUAGCUGAUUUAGCUGUAGGAUUAUCUGCUGGGCAAUUUAAAGCUGGAGCACCUUGUAGAAGCGAAAGAACUGCCAAAUAUAAUCAAAUAUUAAGGAUUGAAGAGGAACUAGGAAAAGAUGCGAAAUAUGCUGGUCUCAAUUUCAGAAAUCCUUUAGCUAAAUAA